CCGUUGGGUCCCCCUUUGGCUCAGAUUGCCUGCCCCUCCCCCGUCCCGGAGCCCCGAGGGGCCGGAGCUCCUGGCGGUGCCAGAUCCAGAUGGCGGCCUUCCCCCCGGGUCUGAGUCAAGGAGUGGGAGCGUUGGAAGGAAAGAUAGGCUUCUUGAUUAAGAAGAGAGACCUACAGGAUAGCAAGGUUGAAAGAGGUCUGCCAAAAUGUCUGAAAGAUCAGAUCUCCUUCACUUCAAGUUUGAAAAUUAUGGAGAUUCAAUGUUACAAAAAAUGAACAAAUUAAGAGAAGAGAAUAAAUUUUGUGAUGUUACGGUUCUCAUAGAUGAUGUUGAGGUGCAGGGGCAUAAAAUUGUUUUUGCUGCAGGUUCCCCCUUCUUAAGAGACCAGUUUUUACUGAAUGAUUCCCGAGAGGUGAAAAUCUCCAUAUUACAGAGUUCUGAAGUGGGGAGACAAUUGCUCUUAUCCUGUUAUAGUGGUAUGCUGGAAUUCCCUGAGAUGGAGCUGGUAAAUUACUUGACUGCUGCGAGCUUUCUUCAGAUGAGCCACAUUGUAGAACGGUGCACACAGGCGCUGUGGAAGUUUAUAAAGCCAAAACAACCAAUGGAUAGUAAAAAGGGAUGUGAACCACAGAGUGCGUCUCCCCAGUCGAAAGAACAGCAGGGAGAUGCCAGAGGCUCUCCAAAACAGGACUUACCGUGUAUUCAUCCAUCUGAAGACAGUAUGGAUAUGGAGGACAGUGAUAUUCAGAUUGUUAAGGUAGAAUCUAUUGGGGAUGUAUCAGAGGUUAGAAGUAAAAAAGAUCAGAACCAGUACAUUUCUUCAGAACCCACUGCUUUACAUUCAUCAGAGCCCCAGCACUCCCUGAUAAACUCAACUGUGGAAAACAGAGUAAGUGAACUAGACCAGAGCCAUCUCCACAAUUACGCCCUCUCUUACACAGACAAUGAUGACAUCAUCAUGACCUCAAAAGAUGUCUUUGGGCCUAAUAUUCGAGGUGUAGACAAAGGCUUACAGUGGCAUCACCAAUGCCCAAAGUGUACCAGGGUGUUCCGUCACCUGGAGAACUACGCCAACCAUUUAAAAAUGCACAAACUCUUUAUGUGUCUACUCUGCGGCAAGACUUUCACUCAGAAAGGCAAUCUUCAUCGACACAUGCGUGUACAUGCCGGAAUUAAACCUUUCCAGUGUAAAAUCUGUGGGAAAACCUUUUCUCAGAAGUGUUCCUUACAGGACCAUCUUAACCUUCACAGUGGAGACAAGCCCCAUAAAUGUAACUAUUGUGACAUGGUUUUUGCACAUAAGCCAGUUUUGAGGAAACACCUUAAACAGCUGCAUGGCAAAAACAGCUUUGAUAAUGCCAAUGAGAGGAAUGUGCAAGACCUCACAGUGGAUUUUGAUUCUUUUGCAUGUACAACAGUCACAGACUCUAAAGGUUGUCAACCACAACCUGAUGCAACACAGGUCCUGGAUGCAGGUAAACUGACCCAAGCUGUCCUCAGCUUAAGAAGUGAGAGUACAUGUGUAAACUGAGGAGGGGCCUAGUGCUCACAGCUAGAAUCGACUGAGAGUGUGGCAAUAGUGCUAAGUCUCUGUAGGAAUGGUUUGGAUAGCUUCUCCAAAGCCUCCAAGCAAGUGGUUGGGGUUGAGCACGAACAGACCAGGCAGCUCCCACUUGCAGUGGCUUUGCUUUCCUUUAGCCCUCUCCAGGCUCAUUGUUGAGUUAUUUAUCCUGUGAUGUCUAUUUUCCUUUCCUAAGGAAUAAUUCCAUUUGUCUACCUAGUGUCAAUUCAUGUCUUAGACUGACACUAUUUUAAUCUUUUUACCAAGCACACUCUGAAGGUACUAACAUAACAUCACCUACUUCCCACUAAUAGAUGCUGUGCUUAGAAAAGUUCAUAUUCUUCUUUGGGGGAAAAUGAGUCUGGGAUAUGAGGUUAUACUGCUGUUGACCUAAAUAUGUGAUAGAGCCUCUGUUGUCUACUAUGAUUCAUCUAAGACUGAUGAGUGAGUCUGCUUCCUACCAUUUGUACUUUUUUUGGAGCUGCUAUGAAGAAGUAUAUUGGUUUGUACUUUAAACGCUAACACAGUCCAUUGAAUUAUUAUAACCCAGAAUACAAUCCUUUCAGCAACAUCUGCAAACAAAUAGGGACCACUGUGGGAAGGAUAAUCAGCAAACAAUAGAAGUAUAAUAAAACAACAGUGGGCACAUGGAAGGCCCUAAACCUUAUGUUCCACAAGAGACUAGCUGCUUAUGUACGUCCCCUGUUUAUAAUUGGAAGUACUUUGGGCAUAUUUAAGAGAGCUAAAGAAUUAUGAAUGGUCUUUAUAGAAAUGGACUAUAUUGGAAUCUGAACUUCAUAUCAGAGUUUAUUACAUAAGAAAGGUGAGUUUGGCCAUUACUUUUGUGCAGUUUACAGUGUCUCCUGAUUUUCCUUUUCUCAUGUACCUUCAUCUUGAAAACAGAUGAAAAAAAAUUUAAGUGGGAUACAGAAGAACAACCAGAAUUUUUGCAUUUAGGAAGUCUUAGAGAUACAAUGAUACACUGUCCACUUUGCCACCUUUCAUAGUUGAUCUUGAAGAAUGGAAAAAAACAAUUCUUUAAAGUACAUUUCAGAUAUAAUUUUGAGCUUGUUUCUGACCCAGGGGUCACAAUAAGGUGUAGGAUUGCUAGAGAACUUAGAAACUCUUGAAAGAUUGUUUACACUAUCUCUAUCAUUUAAGUAGGAACAUUCAAAUAGGAAGCCUGGCUACCAUUGGACAAAAUAUACCUGACUAAAUAUGAACGACUAUCCCCAUACAUCUUUUCUGCUAUACCUUGGCUUUAAAAGAUGGUGAAUAAUAUAUUAACAAAGUUUCCAGUUUUGUUUCACUGAUGUAUAUCCCUUUUGGCUUUUGGAGACAGCCUAGGAUUUGCCAACAAAAUAUCACAGAAGGACUUGUGAUAAUUACUUAUUUAAACUGUUUUUAUUUUGGUGGCUUGUGCCUGUAAUCUCAGAAUUUAUGAAGUUGAAGCAGGAGGGUUUCUGUAAGUUAGAGGCCAGCCUGGACUAAGACCUAAAUAAAUAUAAUUAUUUUACUGUAUUGGUGCUGGAAGUCAAACCCAGUGCCUCACAUGUGCUAGGCAAGCACUGAACCUACCACUAAGGUACAAUCCUAGUCUGUUAACUGUUUUUUAGCUAGAUGAGUAUUAUAUUGCUAUAAUACACUACUAAGUGAGUGAGUGGUUUGGGUAUGAAGGGAAGGAAAUGUUAGAAUAAUGUGAGAUAGAUCCAAAUGUGAAACUGAUUUUGUCUGAGAAACUUUAUUCCCAGUAGACUUUUGUUUUUAUUUUUGAGCUAUGAGAGUACAUGCACAGAUAAUCCAAAAACUAAACUUAAUUUAUAUAUAGAUGGCAGGAGGUCUUAAUUUGUUAUAAUUUGAUAUAUUUACACAUUGCUCAGAUUUGAGGCAUAAUUUCUACUAAAUAUUUAAAUAAUAAUACAGUUAACUAAUAAGACUUGUAGGUAGUUUAUGCCCAACACCACUCAUUAUAUGGUCUAAUAGUGCUUUCUAGCAUUCUGAAUUUUAGUGAGUCAUCCAAAGAGCACCAAUUCUAUGUAACAAUGGGACUUUGCCAUGCCAUCCAAUGUUUUGAUUAUUUUCUUAGAAACUUUUUUUCAGUAGGAACAUUUCAAAAUCUCGGGGCUCCACAUGUUAUUAUUCUUAUCCAGUUACUGUUAGUAGCUUGAGGACUAAAAACAGCAUGGGUUCAAAUAAUACUCUUCUCCUUUGUUGGAGGCUAUAUCUUGAUUUAUUUCCAUCAUUCAGAAGCCUUUUCUUUUUUUAAAUGCUGGGGAGUUUGUACCAAGGCCUCAAGCACGUUGAGCAUGUUCUCUGUGACUGAGCUACUCCCACAGCCUCAAGAAACAUUAAUGAGCAAGUGGUAUUUCCAGGCAAUAUGUUAGAUUCUGAAGAUAGGGAGGUAAGAUUGAUAUGAUCCCUGUUGUUAUAGGACUUACAGUGUCAAGUGAUUUUAGUGAGAUAAGAUCUCCAAUUUAUUUCAUAACUAAGAAUGACUGCCUUGUUUUCUUUCAUCAUUUAAAGCAGUAGUUCUCCACUGGGGGCAGAGGAGCUUGAAUGACCCUUUCACAGGGAUCGCCCAAGACCAUCAGAAAACACAGAUAUUUACUUUAUGAGGAACUAGAUUAAAGGUUCGCAGCAUUAGGAAUGUUGAGAACCACUGACUUAAUGUCAGCUUUCUUAGGGUUUUCUUUUACUAAAAUUUUUACUUCUCACUGUUGCAAGUGCAAACCACUUACCUAAUUUAUGGUCUCUUCCAUUUGUUGGCUGGAGAGGUCUUAUUUCCGUGAGACAUUUAAAUUGUUGGGACUUGGGUUUCUUUUGCUUUGUCAGAUUUUAUUGCAAAGAGGUCAAGUUAUUUUAUAGUGGAAGAGGUUUUUAAACACUAGUCGUGGUUUUAUGGAGUCGGGUGUAAACCUUAGUUACUCAGCAUUCGGGUCUUUUUUAUUUGAGGCAGGUUCUCACUAUGCACCCUUUGCUGCCUCAGCCUCCCGAGUGCUGGGAUUAAAGACAUGUGCCACCAUGCCAGGUUCAAUAUUUGUGUUGUAUGGAUUCCUAGGAAAACUUCAAAAGGAAGAGGACUCUCUUUACUGUAGUUUGGUUUUUUAAAAAUUACUGUUAUUUAUUUAUUUAAUAUUAAAACAAGCUCCAAACUGAAGUGGCUGUGAGGUAAAUCAGGUGUGUGAAAGGUGGCUGGUGUCACCAUUUCUAAAAUACUGUCCUAAACAAACAACUUAGAACAUUUUAUUUCAGCUCAUGAAUGGCUGUUCUAAAUCUGUUGUAUGUUAGACAUACUUUGAACUACCUCUUUACUUAAAAUGGGGAAGUUUCCUUAAUAAAAGUGUGACAAUUAAA